AUGAAAGGCAGCCAGACGGUGCUCACCGCACCGCCUGGCGCGGAAGACAAGUCGCGAAAGGGGGGAGGAAAAGGUGGUGGCGAUGGGCCAAAAGUGUUCGCAUUUGAUCGAUCGUACUGGUCUUUCGACAAGAAUGAUGCAAACUAUGCCGGCCAGGAUAAUCUAUUCGAUGACUUGGGUACGCCGCUCCUCGACAAUGCUUUCAGCGGAUACAACAACUGUAUCUUCGCCUACGGACAGACCGGUUCCGGAAAGUCAUAUUCGAUGAUGGGAUAUGGCCAGGAGUAUGGCGUGAUUCCUCGUAUCUGUCAGUCCAUGUUUGAGAGGAUCAAAGAGAUGCAACAAGACAAGAACUUGAAUGUGACCGUGGAAGUGUCCUACUUGGAAAUCUACAAUGAGCGUGUCCGCGAUCUGCUCAACCCCUCUAACAAGGGAAAUCUCAAGGUUCGAGAGCAUCCUUCUACAGGUCCGUAUGUGGAGGAUCUCGCCAAGCUCGUCGUUCGCUCAUUCGACGAGAUCGAUCACUUGAUGGACGAGGGAAACAAAGCCCGAACAGUCGCAGCGACCAACAUGAACGAAACCUCCAGUCGAUCGCAUGCUGUCUUUACGUUGACGCUCACCCAAAAACGCCACGAUGCAGAGACUUCCAUGGAUACCGAAAAGGUCUCGAAAAUUAGCUUGGUGGAUCUGGCUGGUUCUGAGAGAGCAAACUCGACAGGCGCCACAGGUGCGCGUUUGAAGGAAGGCGCGGAGAUCAACAGAUCUCUCUCAACGCUGGGUCGUGUCAUCGCCGCUUUGGCUGAUGUGUCCUCGGGCAAGCUGAAGAAGGCAUCUAUGGUUCCAUAUCGUGACUCAAUCCUUACCUGGUUAUUGAAGGACUCGCUGGGCGGUAAUUCGAUGACCUCCAUGAUCGCAGCAAUCUCACCGGCGGACAUCAACUUCGACGAAACGCUCAGUACCUUACGUUAUGCAGAUUCUGCGAAGAGGAUUAAGAACCACGCGGUUGUGAACGAAGAUCCGAACGCGCGCAUGAUCCGCGAACUGAAGGAAGAGCUUGCACAGUUGCGUUCCAAGCUGGGUACUGGGGUGCCUGGAGGUAUAGCUGGGCCCCCUGGAUCAUCACCACAGGAAGAAUAUUAUCCGCCGGACACGCCCUUGGAGAAGCAGAUGGUCUCAAUCCAGCAAAGUGAUGGUACUGUUACCAAGGUCAGCAAAGCAGAGAUUGUGGAGCAGCUCAAUCAGAGUGAAAAACUAUAUAAAGAUCUCAAUCAAACCUGGGAAGAGAAACUUCAAAAGACAGAGGAAAUUCACAAGGAGCGGGAGCAGGCGCUCGAAGAAUUGGGUAUCAACAUCGAGAAGGGCUUCAUUGGGCUGAGUACGCCCAAGAAAAUGCCUCAUUUGGUCAAUCUGAGCGACGAUCCUUUGCUGGCUGAAUGCUUAGUCUAUAACAUCAAACCAGGCACGACGACCGUGGGCCACUUGGACCAAGGCAACAAUGCUGAAAUUCGACUGAAUGGGUCCAAAAUUCUCAACAAGCAUUGCACCUUUGAGAAUAUUGACAAUAUCGUCACAAUUGUUCCAACGGAGGGUGCUGCUGUGAUGGUCAACGGGCUACGUAUCGACAAGCCCACACGGCUCAAGAGUGGAUUUCGAAUCAUUUUGGGAGAUUUCCAUAUUUUCCGGUUCAAUCACCCGCAAGAGGCUCGUGCCGAGCGAGUCGAACAAAGCUUGUUGAGGCACUCUGUGACAACUAGUCAACUCGGCUCUCCUGCGCCGAACAAGACCCAUGACCGCACGCCCAGCAAGGUUGAGUCCGAAGCCGAUGGUGAUUCAAGCCGUGCAGACUCGCCGAUGCCUUCAAGGGGAAGGGAGUCAGAUUGGUUCCUCGCCCGUCGCGAAGCCGUGAGCGCAAUGGUCGGCCCUGACCAGAUCUCUCACCUGCCGGAUGAUGAGCUCGACGCCUUAUUUGAGGAUGUGCAAAAAGCGCGAGCAGAACGUCGUGGACUGCCUGAGAAUGAUGAAGAUUCUGAUUCAUCAAUAUCCUUUCCAGUGCGUGAGAAGUACUUAUCGAACGGGACAACCGAUAACUUCUCUCUUGAAACAGGCAUUACCAUGCCCGGAACCCCGCGUCAAGCAGAGGACGAAGGACCGAGCGCCCUGCUUCGGAGAGAACUCAAGGAAAUGCAGCUGCAAGACAAGUUGAAGCCUGAUCAGACUCCGCCAGGGUCAGAUACUGCUGAGCAUCAAUCACAAACCGAAAAGGAACGCAUUGAGAGUGCAUUGCGGUCAGCCAAGGAGGAGUUUGAAGAACAGCUCAGACUGCAGAAAGAAAAUUUUGAAAUCCAAAUGCGCGAUAUGGGAAAGCCAAUCCCUCAGAUUCUCGAGAAUGGGUUCCCGAAAUUAGACGAACAUGAGUUGGAGAUCGCUCGCUCAGUUUUCAAUCAUUGGUCGCAACGAAAUUUUGUUCGAAUGGCAGAGAAGAUCCUCCAACAUGCCUCACUGUUGAAGGAAGCGCAGGUUAUGAGCCAAAUUAUGGACAAGAACGUUGUUUUUCAAUUCGCUAUCGUCGACAGCGGACAUAGCAUGGCGUCUUCGUACGAUCUCGUUUUGAAUGGAAUCUCUGGAGACGAGGAUACCGUGUUGGAAGAGACCAAGAAGCCUUGCGUGGCGAUUCGGGUCAUUGACUACAAGCAGAAUGUGAUUCAUCUCUGGUCAAUCGAGAAGCUGCAGCGUCGAUUGCAGUCCAUGCGCCAACUGCAUCAAUACAUUGACCGGCCGGACUAUAUUCAGCAUUUCAAACUCGACAACCCAUUUUCUGAAUCGUGCUCACCACGGUACUCUCUCAUCGGAGACGCUGAUAUUCCUUUGACGGCCGUCUUUGAGACUCGUGUGCAGGAUUUUUCUAUCGAAAUCAUUUCGCCCUACACUCAAAGCGUGAUCGGCAUCAUUCGGUUGUCUCUUGAGCCUUCCUCUGCACAAGCCCCUUCGUCGACGUUGAAAUUCAAUGUAGUGAUGCGGGACAUGGUUGGGUUCGCCGAAUGGGAAGGUUCUGAUGUUCACGCGCAGCUCUUCGUUCCCGGAAUCUCCGAGGAAGGUGGUGCAACUGCCACGCAGAUGAUAAAUGGUUUCGAGGAGAGUCCCGUUCGCUUCGAAAGUGUACACAGCAUGAGCCUACCAUUCUCAAGUCCACGAUCGGCCACUCUCAAAGUAUGUGUAUACGCUCGUGUGACCUCAGUCCAUCUUGAUAAGCUGCUGAGCUGGGACGACAUGCGGGAUGCGGCUGAGACUAUGCCAAAGAAGCGAACCGCUCCUCGGAUCGCCGAGUCGGAAUUCUAUUCAGAGGAGCGACACGAUGUAUUUGCACGUGUUCAAGUCCUCGAGAUGGCGGAAAGUGGGGAGUACCUUCCGGUCGAAGUUGUUCAGAACAGUCCUCUCGAUGCUGGCACGUAUCAGCUUCAUCAAGGCUUGCAGCGCCGUAUCUCAAUUAACUUGACAUACAGUUCUACUGAGAGCCUCCCAUGGGAUGACAUCAAAAAUGCGCGCGUUGGCUCCGUCCGACUCCUUGAUCCAUGGGGCAAAAUUCCCGACCAGGACUUCCAGACGCCUGAUGUUCCCCUCAAGUUUCUUCAAGAACCGGUUGUCAAGGAUAAUGCGGACGGCACAUCGAAUGUCACCAUCCUCGGACAAUGGGACUCGAGCUUGCACGGCUCCCUUCUUCUUGACCGUGUAACGGCCGACAGAUAUCGGGUUCAGGUCACGGUCCGCUGGGACCUUAUCUCGUCUCGUCUUCAAACGCCUGUCGUGUUUGAGGUGGAUCAAACCCUGCAGAUUCUCGGACGUAACUACGUCCGCCAACAGUCGAUGUUCAAGCAGCUAUGGAGCUCAACCCGGGUGGUGCACUCCACAACUCAGAUGUACUCGCUAGUAAUACGACCGGUGUCUGCAAAACGCGCGGCCGACCUCUGGCGCAUGAAUACCCAGAACGAUUACGUUAAAGGCGAAGAGCUUUUGACAUCCUGGGCUCCUCGUAAGGUGUCUUUGGUACGAGAUUACAUCGCCGCACGCAAACGCCGACAAAGACUUGCCGAGCUGCACGCUGCUCGUGGGGCGUUGAGCGCCGGUAGCCUACACCCUUCCCUUGGCCGAGGUGUUCUUCCAUCGCCCGCUCGAAGUGGACGAUCAACUCCGCUGCGCGGCCAAGAUCUCAACGAGCGCAAGAUGAAGUUGCUUCGCAAGUACCUUGACCUUUGGUCAACCAAGCGAGAUCCCACCGAGGCUAUCCUGGCCCGGAGCAACACGGAGCCUCCCAGCGACGGCGCUGCAAUCGCAGCCCAACGUAAAGGGAACGGUGCUUGUACAUCAAACAAUGCGUCGCUCAAGCCCCGCUUCGUGGCUACUAUUCAGGCCCUGCCGAAGAAUCCCUCAGCUCUUAAGUCAGGGUAUGUGCUCACUCCAGAUGACACCAACAGCGUUUGGGUCAGAAGGUUUGUGGAAUUGCGCCGGCCAUACUUGCACAUCUAUUCCGCGGAAGGAGACGAGAUCAAUGCGAUCAAUUUACGCAACUCGCGAGUCGAUCACAAUCCAGACUUUGCCCGUCUCCUUGACAGAUCCGGCGUAGGCAAUGACCGUUCACUUUCUGCCAAAGGCCGGCCCAACAUCUUCGCCAUAUAUGGCACCCAGAACACCUACUUGUUUGCCACUCGCACAGAGUCUCAAAAGGUAGAGUGGAUCUUAAAGAUCGACGAGAGCUACUUCAGCAGCAAUGCCGGGAGUGCAACAGUCAGUGGAGACGAACGAUGA